CUUCUUCUAUGGCAAACACAUGGCAAACAUGCCCAAAUUUGCUCAGCGUUUUCUCUGCCUAAGCCACUCACACCUUCAUCCAAGUCAAUAUUUCAGUAGGCAUAAAUCAAUGGCCUAUAUGCACGGUUUUGGCCAAAAGACCACCCAACAAAACUCAUGGUUUUUGAGCUCCAACAAUGGCUAUAAAUACACAAUGUUGCUCAAACACACCACAUAAAUCAACAUUACUCCAAUCAGAAAUUAACCUCAAAUUUAAUCAAGAAACAAAUGAAAAGAAGAAGAAAGUUAAAAAGCCAAAUUAUAAAACUAUUUCACACCACCAACACCACCACAGUACCACCGCGUCUGACCCCUGCCCAACACCACUCGCCCCUACUUCCACCAUCGUCGCCGGCUACCUGCGCGUCAAACGCCGGCCACCCGCACCAGCCCCACCUCUUCUCUCUCGUCGCUCCUCUUCGUCGCGCCCAGUUGUGCGCACAUCACCGGCAACCUCCUUCCACCAUCGUCGCUGCACGCCGCAUCGCCUCGCUGUCGCACAGUCGCUGUUCGUUGUCGCCGUUCGCCGGAGACGUUGUUCUGCCUCAUGCUUGUCGACCCUACUCACUGAGCAGAGAUUAAAGAGGAUAAAGGAUAUUACAAGCCUUCCUCGGCUAUCAAGUUUGUUAAGCAGGAAUUCAGGUAUGGAAGAACAGUUGUGGAUAUAGACUGCGUUAUAGAGAUUAUGUAUGAUUCUAUAAGGUUUUAGGAUAUUUUGUAUGAUGGAUAAACAAGUAUUAUCUUACGAUGAGUAAUUGUAUAGUGGAUUUUCAAUUUUAGGCUAUCAUUUUAUUAGUGGGCCAUAACCCACAGACUUAAGUUAUGCUUCCGAUGACGAUUAAGUUUAUGUAAUUUGGCGGGGUGUUACACAAUCCCUCUAUAGAUAGGGAGAUUGAGUUGGAAAUUUA